AUGGAGGAUUGCCUGGAGGGACUCCGUGACAACAUCUGUAUUCCUUACCUGGAUGACACCUUAGUCUACAGCAAAACAUUCAAAGAACACGUGGAGGCGGUGAGAAAAGUGCUCCAGAGACUAAGGGACUUUGGUAUCAAACUUAAACCAAACCCAGAACAAGACAAUCCUGUAAAACAGAAAAAGGGGGACAAAACGGCUAGAGACAUUGAGGACUCUGAUGAUGACAGCAGUGAGGAGUGCAGCUUUUACUAUGUGCCACCUUUGCCUACCAUGCUCCAGCCAUCAGAUCCUGCUGAAACAAGAGGCCCUGCUGUAGUGAGAGGUCAGUCUCCAGCACCAGCUCCUGUUAUACCACCAGAGGUCACUGGUGGAGAUCCCCUGGACGUGCCGGAGCUGCUUGCUGAGGAGCCAGCUCGUGAGGAGGCUGAUCCGACUGCGGUUAAUCCACUGGCCCCCCCACCGCCUGCUGUGCUUGAGGGACCCGAUGAGCUGAUACCCCAGCGCCCUCAACGAGAGAGACACCCGCCGAGCCGAAUGACCUACGACCAUCUGGGAACACCAUCCUGCUACACCAUCCAGCCUGCGCCACAAUUGAUUCCUGUGUAUCCAGGUCUGAUCCCGUGGUUUUCAGCUCUACAGCCAUACUACCCACAACCAUUCGCUCCUGUGUUUUCCAUUGGGAGAUCUGGACCUUCCAUCUGGCUGAGUCCGUCUGAAGACUUCAUUAAGGCGGUGGUUUCCAUGUUGAACCUGUACCUGGACGGCCUGACCUCUGUGUCCACUGAUGUGGGUAUAGUUUCACUCUCAGUGGAUCCUGGCAGAUUCACGUCUACGACAGCCAGUGCUGUUUUUGGCAUCGCGACGGACAAACGACCGCCAAAGAUCCUUGGAUCAACUGCAGACUCUGAGCGCUGUCGACUGAGCUGCAGUAGACACCGCGCCUCGUAG